CUCGUGUGUGUCUGUGCGCGCUCUCGCUCGCGGAUCGUCAGCAUCCAGCAUGUGGAGCGCGAGGACACUGCGGCGGGUCAUGGUGACAGGAUCAAACCUUCAUCUUCAUCAUCAUCGUCAUCAUCACUUGUCCGCGGGAAUCAUCGGAGCACCGUUCUCUAAGGGACAGCCCAGAGACGGCGUGGACCGAGGACCGGACGCGAUCAGAGCCGCGGGUUUGCUGCUCAAACUGCAGCAACAAGGUUGUGCAGUGAAGGAUUAUGGGAACCUGGAGUUUGAGGACGUGUUUGAGGAUGCGCCCGUGGGUCGGGUGAAGCGUGCGAGGGCGGUGGGCGGCGCCAACCAGAGGCUGUCGGAGGCGGUGCGGGCGGUGAAGAGGGACGGACACACGAGUGUGAUGCUGGGAGGAGAUCACAGCCUGGCGAUCGGAUCCAUCCACGGUCACGCGGCGGCCGUUGGAGAGUUGGGCGUGGUUUGGGUCGACGCCCACGCCGACAUCAACACCCCACUGACCACGCCCACCGGAAACAUCCACGGACAGCCCAUGUCGUACCUGCUGCGUGAGCUGCAGUCCAAGAUUCCCGUUCUUCCGAACUUUUCCUGGAUCAAAGCGUGCGUUUCCGCCAAAGACGUGGUCUACAUCGGUUUGAGGGACGUGGAUCCGGAGGAACAUUUCAUCCUGAAGACGCUGGGAGUGAAGAUGUUCUCCAUGUCACAGGUGGAUCAGCUCGGUGUCGCCAAGGUCAUGGAGGAAACAUGUGACUACCUUUCUGCCAAAGUGAAGAAACCGAUUCACCUCAGUUACGACAUCGAUGCCAUUGACCCCUCUGUUACCCCGGCAACGGGAACACCAGUGGUGGGAGGACUGACUUACCGGGAGGGCGUGUACAUUACGGAACACCUGUGUCAGACAGGUCUCCUGUCGGCGGUCGACCUGGUGGAGGUGAAUCCUCUGCGAGGUCACGGCGAGGACGGCGUGACCUCCACGGUGGACACGGCGGUCGCCCUGCUGCUCGGCUGCUUCGGACGACUUCGCGAGGGAAACCACUCGUCCAAUUAUCGUCUGCCCGAACCAUGAGCGGGGCCACGCCCACACGUACUGACGCACACCUGCGCGUGACGUCAGUGAACGACAUGUUUAAAACAGUCGACCUGUCUUCAGAUAAAUGGCGUUUUAUUAACUAUAAACAUUUUAGAAUUUAUAAACUUUGUAAAACUGGAUAUUAAACAAAAAAGAUCAAA